AUGAAUAUUACCGUUGUCCUCGGGACUUCAGCCAAAUGUGACAUCGAUUUUGAACUCACUAGUUCUAAACAAACCCUCCGGAAACAAGGUCUAGUUCAAUUUGGCUUGUACCCAUUCCUUGUUUUAAAGGCUGGAUAUCCUGACGUACAUCAAACGUCCAGACCAUCAACUUCUGGAAAUAUCAGAAGAGAAGGAUUGUGUAAUGGACAGGUUCACAGAGGCAGGGAGUACGAAUCUCCCGAAAGUUCAGUCACGUCGGAUAGAGACCAUAAAAAAACGGUGUAUGAAAUACAAGUUCGACCGUGUGCUGGAAUUGUGUUAGUAAUAAUUGGUGUUGUCGUACUAUUCAUAUGGAUUGCUUUGCCAAGUUCUUUCGAAGCACCUGGUAGUUUUUCAUCUCAUCAAGAAGAAACUUUAGAAGUCGUUCGGAGAAUUCUCGAAGAAGUGCCAUUAAUUGACGGGCACAACGAUCUACCGUGGAAUAUCCGGAAGUUUGUACACAAUCAGCUGAUGUAUUUUAAUUUCUCUGCAGACUUGACGACCGUAGAACCGUGGUCGAAGAGUAAUUGGUCUCAAACUGAUAUACCACGGCUUAAAAAGGGCAUGAUUGGGGCUCAAUUUUGGUCGGCCUACGUACCCUGUGGUAGACAGCACCUGGAUAGCGUCCAAACUACAAUGGAACAAAUCGACGUCAUUAGGAGGUUGGCUGAAACCUAUUCCAGUGAUUUACAGCUUGUAACAUCGGUAAAAGGAAUACGAGAGGCACACAAGGCCAGAAAAAUUGCUAGCCUUAUUGGCGUUGAAGGUGGUCAUUCACUGGGAAAUUCACUAGCAGUGCUCAGGACUUUUCAUAGCCUUGGAGCUAGGUAUUUAACUUUGACGCAUACUUGCGAUACAUUAUGGGCUGGUUGUUGUUCCGGUCUAGAUUCACCAGAUAAUGAACAACAAGGGUUAUCUCCUUUUGGUUUAUCAGUUCUCAGGGAAUUGAAUCGACUCGGAAUGAUGGUUGACCUUAGUCACACAUCUGUCAAAACAAUGGAAGACGCGCUUAACUAUACCUUAGCACCUGUAAUAUUUUCACAUUCAUGUGCAUAUGCAUUAUGUACUUCACUGAGAAAUGUUCCCGAUCACGUGCUCAAACAAGUGGCCUUAAACGAUGGUAUAGUUAUGGUGAGCUUCUAUUCCUAUUUUAUUAGCUGUAAUUCAACAUCAACCAUGGAACAAGUUAUUGCUCAUAUUAACCAUAUUAAAAACGUAGCAGGAGAGGACCAUGUUGGCCUAGGUGCUGGUUAUGACGGCAUUAAUCAUACUACGCAAGGACUUGAAGACGUAUCACACUAUCCUCGGCUAUUGAUUUCAUUGAUGACAAACCAUUCAUGGACUGAAAAUCAAAUAAAAAAACUUGCAGGCAACAAUUUAUUACGAGUGUUUUCCAAAGUGGAAAAGGUCAGGGAUGAGUGGAAAGAAGAUGGAAUGCAGCCAGUCGAAGACAUCUUGGUACCAUUGAACAAAGAACCAUUGUUACCAAACUGUACAGAUGGAUACAACAUAACUUGAUAAUUUUAGUUCAACUCUGUAAUAGUAGUGUGGUAAAAAUUGAAUACACUCUGUGAAUACACGGAUUCCAGCGCCCAGGUUUAUAGAACCUUGAAGAUAUUAGUUCAGAAAUUGUCUAGUUUCAUUUGUACAAAUUUCUGUUGAAACUUCAAAUUAAUAACAACGUAAAAACGAAGUUUACUUUUAUCCAUCUUGUAAAACGUAUACCACUAAACCAAAAUAAGUAUCUUAAUACUUAUUACUGAUCAAUCCAUCAUACAAUAACCAUGCGAUCGUAAAUUGUAUUAAUUGGUAGACAAAUAAGUGUUAUGGUUAUAAACAAAUCAUUCUUUGUAAAUGUCAAGUAAUGAAGAAAGUUUUAAAAAACCACCUUUUAAUAAUUUAUUAGAAACAUCAACAAAAUUAAUUUUCUCAUCACGUGCCGUUAUUGUUAAGGUUUCAAUCAGUUAGGGAAAUCUGAAUUGGUUUUGAAAACUUAAAACCUGAUGAACACGCUUAGACUUAUGAUUUCAUAAAGUAUUUUAUGAAACAAUAAAUUGUUAAUGUAUCAGCUUUUUCAAUUCUCUGUAGAACAGACAACCUAGUUGAAUUUAAUAUUUAAGAAUAUUUUAUUUAGACUCAAAAAAUGACCGUCAUUGAGGCAAUCAUUAAAUUUAGUUAAAUCAUGAGUACGAUUGUUGAAUUUUAAUUUUUAAUUUAUU